AUGGUGAAGGAAAAAUUGACACCUGUUAGAGUUGGAAAUUCAACUUCCACCAUCAUUACUACUAAUAAUAAUGAUUAUUUAUCGCAAAGAAAACCUGCAGGAAUUAGUAAACGUAGAAAAUCUUUUAAGCCAACAAUACCUAAACCAUUCAAGUUUCGUACUGCUGCACGCCCAAAUUCAACAUGUCAUGAUGAAAUUCAAAAAAGAUCACCAUUUGUUCCGUUAGCAGCUAAAGUCAGAGACUUUUUGAAAAAGGACGAAAGAUCAACAUUUGGCGGUGAUAAAAAGGUUAAUUGCGGACGAAAGAAACCGCUUACUAUUCCAAGAUCUCCAAAGUUACAUGGUUCACUCAAAUCGAAAGCAUCUAGUGCCUCUUUAUUUACUGAAGAACAACAAAAUCAAAAUAAUCAAUUUAAAGCCAAAACUCCUAAUCAAAAGAUUUUGGAAUGUAGUGAUUUAGGCUUACCAAAAUUACAAAAGAUCGAACCUCCUGUAACAGAAUCUUUAGACGCAGACUCUCCUGAAAAUAACGAUAAUACACAAGAAAAAUUGGAUCAAAACCAUGAUGAAUUGGAAAAUACUCGUUUAUUCAAAGCACAACCAGCUCCAAGUGAUACACAAGACACUGAUAUUCGAGGAGAAAGGUAUCAACAAAUAUUUCAGGAAAGGUUGAAGGGUCAAUUGGAACACGAAAAGGAGAAUCAAUUUCAUGCGCUGCCAAUGCCAAACUUAGAACCUGAGAUAAUUAAAAAACCCGAGAAACCACAGCCAACGGAACCUGUAGAAUUUCUUUUUCAUACUGACAUUAGGGUACAAGGUCGAAAAUUGUUUGAUGAACAAAGAAAAGAACGAGAAAGAAAUAACAAGUUUGUUAAAGAACAAAAAUAUAAAGACGAAGAGAGACGUAAAGAAGAAGAAAUUCGUUAUUUAAGAUCAGAAUCGAUUCCUCAUGCACAUCCGGUCAAACACUAUCUACCAAUAACAAUACAACCAUCCAAUAAAAGACCUACCAAAGCAACUUCUCCUAUUUUGGGUGAAAAACGUCGCAGGUAUGAGCAAGUAUUGCAAGACUCAUAA